GAGGAGGAGGAAGAGGAGGAAGAGGACAUCACUUCUUCUUCGUGUGUGCCGACAGCCUCUGGUUCAUUCCGCCGCCGGUGCGAGCAGCCCAGCAUCUCCUCCUGUCUCCUCCACCGCUACGAGCUCUGGCCAUUUACAAAAAAAGAAUCUUUUUUAAAGCAGAGCACUCGUCUCUUUCUCUCCGGCACCCGGGAGAGAUAAGUUCCAGAUCCCCCCCCCCACCACCCCCACCCUGCUGCGGCUCAGGAACACGACGGCUCCGGAAGCUCACGCUCCCACGCGCCUUUAAGCCUUCCUGCCUUCUCGCUUCUUCUCGCUCGUUUCUCCCCCCGGGCUGCGGGAAGUUUCACGUCCACUUUCGUGAAGUUUUUUUCGGAAAGACAACCCCCCCACCACCACCCAGCCCACCAUCAUGGCUCGGAGGUCCUGUGCCAUCUACAUCACCGGCAUCGUGUGCGCUCACCUCCUGAUCAUAGGCAUCGCCCUGGUCGUGGCUCAAGUCUUCCAGACCAUGAUCGCCAGCCGGUUAAAAAAGGAAAUUACUUUGACGGAGAAGAGCCACUUUUUUGAGUCAUGGAAGAAUCCACCACCACCUGUUUACAUGGAGUAUUACUUCUUCAAUGUGACCAAUCCAGAGGUGUUCUUGGAAGGCGGGAAGGCAGUUGUCAAACAGAUCGGACCAUAUACCUACAGGGAAUACAGGCCAAGGGAAAACGUAACAUUCCUGGAGAAUGGCACCAAGAUCUUCGCCUUGAACCCCAAAUCCUUUGUCUUUGUACCCGAGAAGUCCGUUGGCGACCCCACGGUUGACAUCCUCACGACUGUCAACAUUCCACUUGUGGUGGUGAUGAACGAGUUGAAUCAAAGGUUCGGCCGCUUUUGGAGGGCUGCCAUCUCCUUAUUAAUGCUCAACAGUGAGGUGUUCAUGAAAAGCAGUGUCCACAACAUGCUGUGGGGAUUCAAACACCCUCUGCUCACAAAGAUCCACUACAUGCAGAAGGAUGUGGACGAGUAUUUUGGCCUGAUGUACAAGAAAAAUGGCACCCAUGAAGGAGAGUUUGUCUUCCACACCGGCGAGCAGAACUACAUGGAUUUCGGCAAGAUCGACACUUGGAACGGCAUGAGAAAGAUGUCGUGGUGGUCGUCCGAUCAGAGCAACAUGAUCAACGGUACGGACGGCGCCGUCUUCCACCCUCUGAUCAACAGGAGCGAGCUGCUCUACAUCUUUGCCGCUGAUCUCUGCAGAUCCAUUCAUUUGGCCUACGUGAAAGACGUGGAGGUGAAAGGUAUCCAGGCGUUCCGCUACGCACCCCCCAGUGACGUCCUCAUGAGCCCCAAGGACAACCCCAACAACGAGGGCUUCUGCGUGCCAGCCGGAGACUGUCUCGGCACCGGGGUGUUAAAAGUCAGCGUUUGUCGAGAAGGCGCUCCCAUCGUGGUGUCUUUCCCACACUUCUAUCAAGCCGACCCCAAGUACAUCAACGCCGUCGAAGGGCUCACCCCCAACAAGGAGGAGCACGAGACGUACCUCGACCUGCAACCGACCACAGGAGUUCCCAUUCGUGCCUGCAAGCGAGCCCAGCUCAAUAUCAUCCUGAAAAGAGUCGAAGGGUUCCCCAAAACCAGGAACAUCAACGAGACCAUUAUUUUCCCCAUCAUGUUCGUCAAUGAGACUGCGACGAUUGAUGAUGAGUCGGCUUCCCAGAUGAGGACGAUGCUCCUGAUUGUGACGCUGGUGUCGAACUUCCCCUUGCUCAUCGUGGGCUUGGGCGUCAUCCUGCUGAUGGUGCUUGUGGUCUUGCUCUGCCGAAACCGCCAAAAGAAGAAUGAAGUAAAACGUAUUGUUUUUACUGAAGCUUUUCAUUCUUUUGCUACGGCAAAAGACGACACGGCUUACACUCAGGUCAGCGACAAACCGGACGAGCCGUCGGAAACGCCAGCCAACCAGCCAAUGAAGAACGGCUCCUACAUUGCCAUGUCUCCAGUGGAGCCCCAGAAGUGUUGAUGGAGAAUCGCCUGGCCCAGCAUGGAGCUCAGGAAGGGGGCUGAGGGAGCAGCACAGGGGUGAUGCAUUAACCAUGGGUGGGGUUUACACACAGUGAACUCGUUUCACAUAUUUUUGGGGUGUGUGUGAAUGGGGAGGAUAGGGAAAGGGGCGGGGCAGAACCCCCAGUAGAUGUUUAGUGAACAGACAAUGCUCCUCUCGCUGAGCCCUCUUAUGACUGUCUGUCCUCCUCUACUCUACCUGCUGAGCAUGGCCCUCACUGCCUGCCAUACUGCAACACAACAAACUCCCACACCUUUACUCCUCAUUUCCGUCCUGGUCGGCCCAGAAACACGUCGGGAGUCUGGACGGGCUCGGCCAGGACAAGCCUUUUUUCCGCAACUCCUCUGAAGGACCACUGUAACAUAGGUGUCGCUGCUGCACAAGGAUGCAUGAUCUUCUGCUGACUAAAAUGGCUGAAAGGGUGUUUCUUACUCACCUAAACAGCAGGAGGUAUCGUAUUCUUGCUCUUUCCUUUCCAUCGGUGUUGCGUGAGGAGAACUUCAAACCGACAGAUACAAAAAAAAUCCCCUGUAGAGUUAGGACACAGCUGUGAGCUCUUGGGCUCUGAGGAUAACAUGGUUUUGCUAACAAAACUGAACUUGGCAUAUCCUUUUUGUAAAAAAAAAAAAAAAAGACAGUCUGAGCCAAACUAUUUAUAGCAUUUUUGCCUUUUUUUUGUUUCCUAAGAUGAAUUGGUGCGUGCACACAAAUACACACAUCGCACUUCCAGGUAUGUGUUGGUGAGAGUGUUUGUGCACCUUGACGAACACGUCGACGUCCUGUUGUGAUGGACAAAGCUCAACUGGUUUUCUUGAUGCAGGCGCGAUGUCGCAUGACACCUGAUAUACUCGUGAUUUCAACCCCACUUCCUCAAUUUUUUUUGUCAGCCUCACUUUUUUCCCUUAAACACUAGUUACAGAAAUGAAACGCUCAGUUUCUUUUCAGAGUCCUAAUCAGCUGAAGUAGCUAGAUAUGACAUCACCAACAGUAGCUUGAUAAAAUCGAACCUCUAGGCUUCUUCACACAUUCAGAACAAAAUGGAGAUAACAGCCACAGAUCUCACAAGGGAGACUUGAACCUGCUUUCUGCCUUACAACGGUUCAGUGUGUUCGUUAUGUUUCAUACAUAUAAGCUGGAAAUCUAUUUUCGCCAUUGUACAUAUUUAACGGGAGACGUUACAGAGAUGCCUCUGACUAAAUCCAGCAAGCAGUCCUCCUCUAGGUGUGCAGGGAGACGCUCCUGCACAUCUACACUGUUACUUAUUAGAGAAAGCACAAUUUAGAUUUGCUAAAAACCAGGCCGGAAGCAAGGCCACCAGUUGUUUUUUUUGGGACCUAUUAUAACUAUGAUAUAUUAACAGCUUGUUAUGUCAAAGACACUGUCAAGUGCCGUGACUCUUCACCGCUCGCCGCUGUGCACUCGCACAGUUUGCCAAGGAAACUGUUGGCAUUCAGGCAAACGCAGCACUUGAAUCACUGUUUGUCUUACGUUUCCUGUUGUGUCUCCAGUUUUUCUGUCCGCCACACUCGUCUCGUCAAGCGUCAAACUCGUCGGUGUUCGCCAGUGGGAAGUGAAUUCGGGGCCGUAACACUGUCAACGUGGAAAGUUCCCUGCACUUUGUCUGCAUAUUGUGCCCUGUGUGUUAUUUUGUUUCUUUGUCCUCGUCAUUUCGAUGAAGGUGGUCCAUGAGUUCAGUACAUUUCUCUGUUUGUCCUGGCUAGUAUUGGGUCUGAGGAUGUUUUCCAGGACAACAGACGUCCCUGCCUCUGUGUUAACUUGCUUCUCAGCACAUAGAGUGUCUUCUUUUGAUAUACUUUUGUAUUUGUCAUUGCUGCUAAAAAAAAAUGCCAUAACCUAUGGACUUGUAUUCAACUAUAACUUGCUCGUAUUCAGGUCGACUCACACAGGCUUUUUUUUAUCCACGUCUUAAAUCUUUUACGGUUUUCUGUGUUGACGAGCCUUUCGACACCUGAGCACAAGAUACAAAGCCCAAAGCUUGCUGCCAUUUAUUGGACUUAGCAGUUAUCACUAACCACAUUUUUGUAAAGCUCUCACAGUUAACCAGUCAUUCCUCUACUAGAGGACCAUAUCACAUGUAUCACUGGGGUUUAUGAAGGGGUUAGUUAACUUGACAGAAAGGACGAGCCGCUUCAGCAUCAUCGAAUUUAAUGUCGGAAGUCGUUUAAAAACACUGUGGUGGAGAAUCCUUUAAAGCAGAAGUUCAACACUGGGAAAUGUGCUUGUUCUGCUUCUUGUGGAGAGAAGGAAGAGGAGAUCGAUUCCGCCCUCGAGUUCCUCUGCUCAACAUGAAACAGGAGAUGUUUCGCUUAGCUUAGCACAAAAACUAAACCGCAUGGCUCUGUCCAAAGGAAACAAAAUCCAACUCAAAGUAGUUGAUGAACACAAUUAUUGUUGUUUUCAAGCAAAAAAUUGACUUUAGAUUCUCAAAGGUGAGACUGUGCUGCUUUUCUUGGUCUUGAACUAUAGUCAAAUUUAAUAUUUUUAUAAACUAGACUGUCAGUUGGAUAAAACAACUUUUGACGAUGUCUCUUGAAGGAUGUUGUCAUGGGCAUUUAACAGUUGUUUUAGUUUUUUUUUUAGCCCAUGUGAAAAGGACAGCUCACUUUCUCAACUCCUGAAAUAACUUGGUCCCAUUACUUAAAAGAGUUUUUAACGACUGGAGAAAAGCGAGAGUCGGACCAAAUGUUAAGCUUAAAGAAUCUUUGCUCGCUCCAGCUUCGUAUUUGACGCACAGAUAUGUGACUUUCUCAUCCAACUCUCCACCAGCAGACGAAGGAGCCUGUUUCCAGUGUGUUUGAACUCUUUCUUUAAAGUGAAAUCGAUUCACUAAAGGCCUUUUUUAUUUCACUUGCAUGAAUGAGCCGCCACCUUGUUAAAACUCAUAGUUGGUCGUUAUUCACCUUUUUAAAAUCUUCUUGAACCUGAAAGACCUUAAUCCCAAAGGCGCGUGUGUGUGUGUGUAUUACUUGUACAGUGUCUGUUCAAGCACACACACACACACCUGAGCCAUCACUGCUCCACCCGUCUGACUUCGACUACAUUGACCUUUGAGUCCAAUCCUUCAAACCCAUUGGCUCGUCCCUGCUUGACCAAAGAUAACCCACAUAGAUCUGCCCCAGCGCGGUGUUUACUCUACUCUGCGAUAACGGCUGUGCCACAAAACUACCGCCUACCUUUUUGUUUGAAUUGUGCCACCACUUAUGUGAAGUAUUUACAACAGUGUUAUGUGUGCGUGGAAGCAUGAAUGUGCCUUUUUACAUCGAGGCAAAAACAAUAUAUAAAUCCCAGAUGGUAGAACGAUGUAUAUUGCUUUUCACCACCUAGUGCAAAAGGAAAUAAUUAAUCAAUGCUCUUUGUGAGCAGAGAGUCAAUCUCAGAAUAGAGCAAUACAGAGCUGUGUAACAUAAGUUGUGGAUGUUUUGUACAGGGCCUCAUAUUAUUUAUGUACUUUCUUUCCUGUGAUUUUUGAUGGUUUAACCCGUGUAUGAAUAUUUUCCCUUUUCUUUAGUGUGAUUGUAGUUGUUUUAUUUUGUUAUGUUCUGCUUGAGUUCCGAGCACAUUUCAUUUCCUCUCAUUUCAUUUUUUUUCACACUGAAAAAAAACAAAAAAAUAAGUGUUGGACCAGUUUGUUGCACUGGGACCAGUCAGUGCCCUGUAAAAAAAAUGUCUGUAGGAGUGUCCAUGAAUGGUUUAUUUGGGUGUUUGUGUUUUGAGUAUGAGAACCAAUGAGUUAACACUUGUAUGUGGAGCCAAAUGCACCAUUUCUGUCAAACUGGGGUGAUUUACUGGAAGGCUGAUUAUCUUGAUGACUGAGUAAAGUAAAGCGUUGAUGCUGUGUAAUCUGUCUAGAUGAAUGACGCCCACCUUCAGGGAUGAGCACUAGUGCCAUACCAUCCUUUUCUUUCCUUAAUUUGCUCCUCGGUGUAACAAACCCAUGUCUCCCAGUCUCGAUGUUCUGAAGUCACUAACAGACAUUUCCUCUUAAGAUGUACUAAUUUUGUUUUGCUGCUGAAAAUGACAAUCCCCUUGUCAUGUUGGGUGCAAAAUGAUUUCAAAUUAAUAUCCAUUUUUAGUUUUGAUAAUUUACACUGCACAGAUGUUUCUACAGCCCUUUUGUAAACAUUUCUAGUGUAUUUGCAAAAAAUAAAAGUUGCACCGAAGUGCAAAGUUCA